AUGGCGCCGGAAGUUUUUUCAAUUGACCUGACGAUAGAUAGGGAUUUUGUCGCUGAAGUUCUACGUGCAAUAUUGCAUACCAUAUUAUUUUAUAGAGUUUUUGGAAAUAUAAGGCCGAAAGAAGUUGAUUUAUUGGAUAUCACAUACUCAGCGAUAGAUGAUCCAGAAAUUGAAAAAGCCGUCGAAGAUAAGGUGGAGCAAUUCAAGAGUAAUCUAGAAAAUAAUGGAAGUCAUAAGGGGCAGAUCGCUGUGAUGUUUCACGAAAAGCGAACAAAAAAGGCUUGGUUCUCUAAAUCUGAAGAAGAAAUUUGUUGGGAACAGUGGGCUGUCACCAUAACAACAACAAUAUGUCCUACUGACCGUGAGAGAUUGAGGAUACGUAAAGAGAUGGACAGACAACUUUCUUCUUGCCUUUUUGAUAUUAUACGAUUUGUUAACGACAAGAAGGAUCACAUUCCACCAAUAACAACUUCAGACGAAAACCCGUUUCCUUAUCAGAUCGUCAUUCCCACAGCAAGUGAUUCUUGGGGCUCGAUGCUGAAGAGAAUGUUGACAGAUUCUUCGCAGCCUAUAUAA